GAUUACAGCGGAGUAACAUCGUCUGCCACGAAAUUCACGAUUGACUAAGUGAAGCCAUUCAUUGGUUGGCCGGAUAUCACGUGACACGCCAGACCUGUCAGACUGACCUAGGAUUUUGAAGGGAUACCAAGCUGAACUGCUAAAUAUGCCGGGAACAAUCUGCGGAAUUAGCGACUUCGAUGCAGGUGCAGUUGCUGAGACCCUCCGUAACGCCAUGACGGGGUUUGGCACGGAUGAGGAUCAGAUCCUGGUGACCGUCUCCAAUCUGUCCAAUGAGCAGAGGCAGGAAGUAGCCACCGCAUUCAAGCAGGCGUACGGAAAGGAUCUAAUCGACGACCUGAAGUCGGAACUCCGGGGAGACUUUGAGGAGGUGGUUGUAGCUGCCAUGACGGCCCCGCGCGUAUACGACGCUCGUCAGUUAAACAACGCCAUUGCAGGUGCAGGGACGGAUGAAACAACGAUCGUAGAAAUCAUGUGCACAAGAAACAAUGACGAGAUAAACCAAAUAAAAGAGAUUUACAAAGAAGAGUUCGGGAAUGAUCUGGAGAGCGACCUGAGCGGCGACACCAGCGGCUACUUCCAGAGGAUGUUUGUGUCACUGUGUGCUGGGGGCAGGGAGGAGAGCGACGACGUCGACGAAGAUAAGGCGGUGGAAGAUGCUCAAAAGUUCCAUGAUGCAGGCGAAGGCUGCUGGGGGACUGAGGAGGCCGAGUUUAACGCUGUGUUGUGUCUGAGGAGCCCCGCCCAGAUCCGGGCAACUAUUGAGAAGUAUGAGGAUCUUCACGGCUCCAGCAUGGAGGACGCUAUCAGGAGCGAGUGUGGAGGGGACCUACAGAACGGAUUCCUGUCUAUAGUCGAAGCUGCGAAGAACAAACCCGCCUACUUCGCUCGUAGAGCACACGACUCAAUGUCAGGACUUGGAACUAGCGACACUGACCUGAUCCGACUGGUCGUCUCCAGAAGCGAGGUUGACCUGGAGGAGGUGAAGGAGGCCUACCAGAACAUGUACGAGACGUCCCUGUCCGAGGCCGUGGCCAGCGAGUGUGGAGGAGACUACAAGAAGAUGCUGGUGAACCUCAUUGACCCCCAGUAUUGACCUGCUCCUCCGUCCUGCUGCUCUGUGUCUUCUUCUCAACACUGACUGUUUCAUAGGCUUUGGAUAGCAUCCACAUCUCUACACCCACUUUGACUUUGUCGUACCGAACUGACGGGUGGAGGAGUAAUAGUGACCGCCCAAGCAAGUCUCCCUGGUCUUGUGUUUAACAGACCGUCGCCGAGUGUGGGUUCCGAUAGACACGGUGAUAGGCAGACGACAUCUUUACAGUCCAUGAUACGGUUUACACUGAAUGAUGUUUUCCUAGGCUGGUUAGCCAGUGAUUAAGGGUAUACGUUUUGAAAGCGAAUAAUGCAUACAUUCAAAUUCUGUGAAACGUACAAGUCUUUAGAAGAUACAUUAUGAUUUUAACUUUUAUUUUUUCUUUAUACCCCAUGUAUAUUGUUCUGCUAAGCAGUCACAUGCUUUUCGUUGUUCUUCUGAAGGCCUAUGGUUUGGGAUACCAGAUCAUAGCUGGAUGUGCUCAUUCUGAGCAGUAUUAUCAGGCUCUAUGUUGAAUGUUCUUGUGUUAUCAAACAUUUCUAACCAUUUUCAGAAGCAUUAGUUCAACAACGUAGUGUUUGUAAGCAUCUCCGUGUAAGGAGACUGAUUCAGGGUUUGGAACAAUACAGGUAUCCCAUUAUGUUAAUGUUACCUGUACCAGAGCCUCGUCAUUUGUUAACGGUUCAACAUUUUAAUAGCUUACCUUCAUUAUUAUUGUUAUUGUUCAAAUAAACGCUCGACCUUC